AUGGUUGCUUCGAAGGCCUGGGCGGAGCGGUCAGCUCCUGUUCAAAUUUCAGAAGCGGAACUCCCAUCGUCUAUUCCCCCUCAAACAGGUUUAACAUUUAAUGUUUGGUAUAAUAAGUGGUCUCAAGGAAACAGCGGACAGUCCCGGUUUGUAAGUCCCUACCGGCUAGAUGUCGAUUUACAUCAGGGCAAUACCAAAGGCGAUAAGGCUAGACAACCUUUCUUCUGUCUUUAUUUCUGUAAAGGAAUGUGUUGCAUGGGCAAGAGAUGCGAGUACUUGCAUCAUGUUCCGGACACCGAAGACAUCGCGAGGCUCUCUCUACGUUCUGACGUUAUGGACUGCUUCGGAAGGGAAAAGCAUUCCCACUAUAGAGAAGACAUGGGUGGCGUAGGCUCAUUUCAGAAAAAAAAUCGAACGCUGUACGUUGGCGGCAUAACUGGGGCAUUAAACAACCAGCAGCUAAAAGCAAGCCAGAUCGAAAAUAGACUGAGGUUUUCCUUCGGAAAGCUUGGGCCAUUAGAAAGAAUACGAUAUGUUGAAAACAAAAAUUGCGCGUUCAUUAAGUACAAGCAUCAAGCUAGCGCAGAAUUCGCUAAAGAAACUAUGAGCAAUCAGACCCUACUUACUCCUUCAGAUAAAGAGUGGGUUAAUCGACGAGAGGGUACGGGACUUCUGGUAAAGUGGGCAAAUGACGAUCCUAACCCAGAAGCUCAGAGAAGAGAAAAGGAGCAGCAGGAUAUGGAAUCGUUGCAAGUAAUGGUGGAUCUGUUAAAAAAAGAUAGCUCCGAAAAGCGGCAGCCCGCACCUGCAGAAAGCCCUUCGAAUAAAAGACUUCUUGAAAGUUCGGCAGAGCAGGAGUCACUCAAUGGAGAUUCGAUCUUUGGCAGACUUUCAAAUGCAAAGCUAAGUAAGCUGAAGAGAGUCAAAAUUGAGGAAAAUCUAAGUAAAGAUUCAGUUGAAAUCGAUAAACAAGGAUGUGGGCAAACACCUCUAGUUAAUUAUUAUUCUUCAGAUGAUGAUGAAUGA